ACGGUUAUAAAACAUACAGAAGUAUGCAAUUGACGCAUCUUUUGAAAUCGGCAUGAUGGCCAUACAAAAACUCUUCAAAGCAUUUGUCUUGGCUGCCCUUAUGACGUGCCUAAAAUGCCAGAAAAAGAUCCCCGGUUCAACAGAAAAUACAGAUAUCACCAGGUUUUAUGACAAAAAUGGAAUCAUAUGGACACUGGAGACGACGGAGCCUACUACCAUAAGAUGCAAGUUUGAUGUAGUGAAUAAAUCAACGCAUCAUGGUGUCCGUCUUAUGAGACAAUAUUACUGGAUUGGGAGCAGGACGAACGUCUACCUAGAUGGAACGUUCAUGAGUAAACCGGUUCUAAAGAACACGUACAACGCAAUGAGGAUCACCGAGAAAGAGUCAGUUUUCAAAUCGAUCGAGCAGCUACUGUUCGCGUACCAAGACUAUGCGUGUGGAAUCUUCAAAGUAACCUUGCUCCACCCUGAUCAAAUGGAUUACCUUGAACUCCGGCUGAAAGAGUCUAUUCUGUCUGAGCCAAAACGACGUUGCAUUGAAAAGUUCGUGGAGCUUUCGAAAGGAGCGAAAAUUACGCCGAUAUAUAGCAGUGCUUGCCGAACAAAACGCAAGCUGUGAGAAACCGCCACAGAUCUAUAAGGUUGAGUACACCAAGUCAAUGUCAAUGCAGUCGUCUGCAACAAUAUUUUGCUACGUAGUUUUGAUGUGUACGUUAAUUUAGUGUGUACAGAAGUAAAGAAGUGUAUUUUAAGUGUAAAAAUGAAAUGCUUGGCCCUCCUGACGAUGAUUCUCCACUCAUAUAUUUCAUUCUUAAUGAAUAAAGA